UUUCUAUGCAGGCUGGAGGAUAAGAGUUGAAUGAUUUGCAAGAGGAGCCCUUGGCACUACAGAGGAAUCUGAGAGAGGCGUGCGCCUGCCACACAUAGCAACCCAGCGAUGAGCGAGAACCCAGCCACCAACCUCAACACUGGAGAUGUUCCAACCGGUCCCACUACACCACGCAAGGGGCCUCCCAAGUUCAAGCAGAGACAGACAAGGCAGUUCAAGAGCAAGCCUCCUAAAAAAGGAGUAAAAGGGUUUGGAGAUGACAUCCCAGGCAUGGAGGGACUGGGCACAGAUAUCACAGUGAUUUGCCCAUGGGAAGCUUUCAGCCAUCUGGAACUGCACGAGCUGGCCCAGUUUGGGAUCAUCUAAGGUGCCAGCAUCUCUACUGGUGUCACCUGGUGACUCCACAGAUCUCAGCAUGGUCUUCAUCACCUUUGACACUUACUUUUGGCCCUUACUUACAUCCACCUGCUCAUGGGCAGGGUGGUCUUGUAAGAGCUAGUUACGAGAAAGUCCGUUGCAGAUUCAUUUGACAAAGAAGUGAUUCAGGACCCUGAACAGACCUCAUGCUCCAUGUGAUGAAACUACUGAAAAAUGUCUUAAUGCCUCCCUGCACCAUAUCCUAUCUUCUCCCACUUUUGUAGAUCUUAAUGUGUAUGGAGACACGGGGAGGCUGUAUUUGAACUUUUCCCCUGGUUAACUUUUCCCCUGGUUAGCUGAGAUACUGUGUGCAUGACUGCAUGUACAUCCAGACCUAAUUAUAUCAAGCCCAUUCCUUUUUCUUCCUUCCCUCCCUGACAGCUUUCUAUAUAGGAUUUCCAUGGGUAUGUCUCCAUGUCAUCUGGGCCACCAAUUAGUUGCUGAGAGUAUAUCUGUAG